AGCUAACUGAUUGUCCUGAUUAGCUACAUUUAAUUGAUUUCGCAACGUUGAAGUAGAGAUUGACAUUAACCAGUACACAAUGAAACUGAUCAUGACCUGCAUAAUGUUUUUGCUGUGCAUAAUCUUGAUGGUGAUUACAGAGGGCGCUCCAGUAGAGAAUAUUACAGGAACGCCAUACACGGAGGACAACUGUACCAUAUCAAAUACUGAGCAUAAAAAAAAUACAGAGUCUAUACAGACAGGAAAUACUUUAAUUGUUGAAACAACUACAGAUGUUUUUAGACAGAGCACUGAUCUUUCGAAAGAAGCAAAGGAAACAACUAUUAAUGAACCCAAAGAUAGUUCGGAUGGUUCAACUAAAGUGACUGCAAUGAAAGAUUCUAAUGGAAAUGUUGUUUAUGCAAACUUCAGCAGCGAACAAAAUGGUUACAUCGAAACUCAACAUAUGAUCACGGAGGUUGCCAAUGAAGGCUCCGAAACGGUACCAGGUGAGAACCCUGAUCGUAAUUCAUUCCCAAUUCGUGACGCUGGCUCUAAAACAGACUCAGUUCAAACUGAUAUGGUGAAUACGUCAGAUGAUAUUCAAACUGGCAUGCACGAUAACUCAACUGUGCAAAUGAAAAAGAAAAUUAAGAAUUAUCCUGAAACAAACGAUCCUUUGCAAAAUAAUGAUCACUCCAUGACAGACAAUGCGAUGGAAAACGGUACGGAAGAUAAUGCGAAUCCAGCUGAGGAGAUGAUGACCAUUGCUAUGCAGUCAAAAGAUGAUAAGGAAACCAUAAGUGUAGUAGAACCUGAAGAAAACGAAAAAUACAACGCUCAUGCUAAUCAGGUGGGUGUUUCGGAAACUAAAGAAGAGGGAGGCUUAGGUCAUGUAAACAGCUCAAAUACCAUUACUGUUAAGGAAGAUGGAUUGGACGUUACAGAAAAGUCAUCUAUUAUGCCUAUUAAGAAAGGUGGCUCGGACCUUGAAGGCAAUUCAGCAAAUAUGACUAUUGAGGAGAAUGACAUGAAUCAUGAAGACACAUCGUCUGAUAUGCCUGUUAGAAAAGUUGGCUUGGACCCUGGAAACAACUCAGCUAGCAUGAUUAUUGAGGAGGAUGGCACGAAUUCUAAAGAUAAUUUAUCUAACACACAUAUUAAUAAAAAUGGCUCAGAACCUGAAGAAGAGUCAGCUAGCAUGAUUAUUGAGGAUGAUGGUAUGAAUUCUAAAGACAAUUCAUCUAAAAUGCCUGAUAAGAAAGAUGGCUCAGAACCUGAAGAAGAGUCAGCUUACAUGACUACUGAAGAGGAUUUCAUGAACUCUAAAGACAAUUCAACUAACAUACUUGCUACGAUGGAUGGCUUUGAUCCGAAAAACGAAUCGUCUGACAUAACUGUUGAAGAUGAUGGAAUGAAUUCUAAAGACAAUUCAUCUAAAAUCCCUUAUAAGAAAGAUGGCUCAGAACCUGAAGAAGAGUCAGCUUAUAUGACUACUGAAGAGGAUUUCAUGAACUCUAAAGACAAUUUAUCUAACAUGCUUGCUACGAUGGAUGGGUUUGAUCCUAAAAACGAAUCAUCUGACAUAAUUGUUGAGGAUGAUGUCAUGAAUUCUAAAGACAAUUCAUCUAACAUGCCUGUUAAGAAAGAUGGCCUGGACCUUGAAGACAACUCAUUUAACACAACUGUUGAGGAGGAUGGCUCAAAAUACGAAAACAGUUCAUCUACUGGAGAGAAAAAGAUCCUAGAAAUUGAUGAAAGUCCAACGGUUAUGAUUAAAGAAGAGAAUAAAGACGUAGCUAAGACAACAUCACAAAAAUCGAAACCAUUGAACAGGAAACAAUUUUACGCUGACAUGAAGAACAACGUUUCCGUAGAAAUCAAAGCCAACUGAACGUUAUUAUGCUGUACUUAAUAUAUUUUUACACCAGUUUGUAUCUUAACACAGAAAUUGAUUGUAAAUGUAGUGUACUAUUUUUGUUGUUAUUUGCUAUUCUUGUCACGCUUAUUCGUCUCUUAUUAAAGACAUAUAAGCAAUUAUAAAUUUUUGAUAGCUUUUAUGCCUUUAGAGAAAUAUAUUCUGAUUAAUGUAAUUCAGCAGAAUUGUUUUAAUUUUUGGAAUAACACCGUCCCAUCCACUGUAUGUAAUGAGUAGAGAAACUUUUAUUUUGUAUUAUUCGAGAGAUAUUUAUACAACGCACUAUUAACUUUUAUGACAAAAAAAAAAAAUGUAUUAAUUCGUCAUAGUUUCAUAUCGCCACGUUCUCAUCGCAUUAGAUAAUGUAAACUAAGACUUUUGUCCUAUUCUGAGGCCCUUCUCUCUCUGUGUAUUACCUGUAUCUUUCACUAUUCUAUAUUUUCAGGAUAAGUUUGCUGCAUUUUAUCAACAUGUUUGUUUUUUAUUUUAUUUUCUAUUAUGAAGAAUGUCUAACUUAGUCUUUGACAAUAAAAUGUAUUUGAUUUAGUUUGUUUUAGCGCAAAGCUACACAAUAGGCAAUCUACGCUCUGUUCAACGAGGGGAAUCGAACCUCGUACUUUAGUGUUUUAAGUCCAUAAACUUACUGUUUACCCACUGGAAGACCAUGAUAUUUGAAGAAAUGGUAAUGUAAUUUUCCGAGAUUAUUAUUUUAAAAGCUGAAUUAUUUGGUUGGGUUUCUCGAGAAAGACGAGUCUUAAUUUUAUUGAUGCUAAUCACUGUAACUGGUCUUUACAAGAUAUUGCCUAUGAUUGAUCAAGUUGAAAAUAUUAUAAACGUUAUUAUAUUUACAUUCACUAAAAUCCUGUUCACACGGGUCUGUUUUAUUAGCUCUUUAAUAGAAACCCCGAGUGAGGGAGUUAUUGUGUAGUUUGCACAACUGUGGUAGUUUCAUAUCUAUCUUUUAAUAUAAGAUUUAAUAGUUUUUAUGGGAUAAUUAUGCUGAUAAGUAGAGUCACAGAAUUGGUUCGUUGCCUACAAACGAAACUCUCGAUUGAAGAGAAGCAUGGUAUUAGCUUCAAGCUCUGUUGUGAUUGGAGUCCAAGGCUUAGUAAGGUGUCAAAUUCAAUGUGGUUUGAAAAAAA